CAGCUUCCAAAUCCUCCAUAGCCAUAUAAAGCGCAUCGAGUGUCUAUAAGAAGCACUUCUUCAUCAACGGCUCUCUAACUUUCUGUGCAUACUUGGUACUCACAGAGAAAAGAGAGGUUGGCACUGAAGUCGAUGACUCGUUAACGCUCUCUCUUAACCGUUUCCUCUUCGUUGAGAUCGAAACCGCUCUCUCCUUUCUUUGUCAUUGUUGUGUCCUCUCUCUCUGUGCGAGUCAGAGUACGGUUUCAGUCAAAGCUUUGUGAGAAUGUUAGAGAAGAUGGCAGAUUUUAACCAGGAGAAGGUGAUAGAGGAAUUUGAAGCAACAACAAAGGCUGCUGAGAGGGUUCAGAUAGAUACCCUCAAGAAGAUUCUGGAAGAAAAUGGAUCAGCAGAGUACUUGCAGAAUCUUGGUCUCAAUGGAAGAACCGAUCCUGAGAGCUUCAAGAAUUGUGUUCCCCUUGUCACUCACAAGGAAUUAGAACCUUACAUUCGGAGAAUUGCUGACGGUGACUCUUCUCCCAUUCUCACCGGAAAACCAAUCACAACCAUCUCACUAAGUUCUGGCACUACUCAGGGGAAGCCAAAGUUCGUACCUUUCAAUGACGAAUUGAUGGACUCCACCAUGCAGAUAUAUCGGACUUCUUUUGCCUUUAGAAACAAAGAAUUUCCUCUUGGGAAUGGAAAGUCUUUACAGUUUGUUUACAGCAGCAAGCAGUUCAAAACAAAAGGGGGUCUACCAGCUGGAACUGCUACUACUAAUCUCUUCCGUAAUUCACAAUUCAAAAUGUCGAUGAAGGCAAUUAAGUCCCAACCCUGCAGCCCUGAUGAAGUAAUUUUUGGUCCUGAUUUUCCUCAGUCCUUAUACUGCCAUCUCUUAUGUGGGCUAAUUUUUCGGGAUGAAGUUGAAUUUAUAUUCUCUACUUUUGCCCAUAGCAUCAUGCAUGCAUUCAAAACCUUUGAACUUGUUUGGGAAGAACUAUGCACUGAUAUUAGGGAAGGGGUCCUCAGCAGUCGAGUCACUGACCCAUCCGUCCGAACAGCUGUGUCAAAACUGCUCAAACCAAACCCUGAAUUGGCUGAUUUGAUAUCCAAUAAGUGUUCAGGUUUGAGUAAUUGGUAUCGAUUAGUACCCGAGCUUUUUCCUAAUGCAAAGUACAUAUAUGGGAUCAUGACGGGGUCAAUGGAGCCUUAUUUGAAAAAAUUGAGGCACUAUGCAGGGGAGCUGCCUCUCUUGAGUGCUGAUUAUGGGGCCUCUGAAGGAUGGAUUGGAGCAAACGUUAAUCCAAAAUUGCCACCUGAGUUGGCCACUUUUGCCAUUCUUCCUAAUAUUGGAUUUUUUGAAUUCAUCCCACUGAGGGAGAAUAUUGAGGAUCAGGAGCCCAAUUUCCUCUGUAUGGAGCCAAAACCAGUGGGUUUAACUGAAGUCAAGAUUGGUGAAGAUUAUGAGAUCAUUGUCACCAAUUUUGCAGGUCUCUACCGGUAUAGAUUAGGAGAUGUGGUAAGGGUAAUGGGGUUCCAUAACUCCACCCCAGAACUUAAAUUUGUCUGCAGGAGCAAUCUUCUGCUCAACAUCAACAUUGACAAGACGACUGAGAAAGAUCUACAGCUUGCUGUGGAAGAAGCAGGCAAGGUGUUGGGGGAAGAAAAAGUAGAAGUUGUUGAUUUCACCAGCCAUGUUGAGUCAUCCACAGAGCCAGGCCACUACGUUGUGUUCUUGGAAAUAAGUGGUGAAGCAAGCGAGGAGGUUCUCAAGGAAUGCUGCAACUGCUUGGAUAGGUCUUUUCUGGAUGCAGGGUAUGUCAGCUCACGGAAGGUGAAAGCCAUAGGGGCGCUGGAGCUCCGAGUUGUUCGGAGGGGAACUUUCCAGAAGAUUCUAUAUCAUUAUCUAGGAUUAGGGGGUGCUGUUAGCCAGUUUAAAACGCCACGUUGUGUAGGGCCGACCAACAAUUUGGUGCUGCAAAUCUUGUGUGGCAACGUUGUUAAGAGCUACUUCAGUGUUGCUUUCUAGCUAAGAAAUCAUGUUAUUAUAUGGUUGGAAUUGCAAUUUCAUCUUUUCCUGUUUUAAAUCCAUAUAUAUACGCUUCUUGGCGGCAAUUAUAUA